ACGCUCGCUGCAUGCAUGGAGCGCGGAUAUGGAUGCGCUGCUACAAUUAAGCUAGUGUUCGCGUACUACUCUAUGUUGAUGUGUGCUGUUCACCUCUGAAUCGGACUGUCGUAAUAUAAUGAUAACUAAAGUGUAGAUAUUCCGACAGUUCUCCUUUACCAUGGCAUCGUCUGGCACGCUCAACUUGAAGUUGUUGGUACAUUUAAUCCUCUGCUUGUGUCUCGCAUUAGCAAUUGACAGCUCUACUGACAUAGUGGGCCGAAAGUGUGCAUGUAACGACAAACCAUGCCUUGAGACUAACAACACCUGUGUCCUACAAAACCCAGAUGCCCUGUGCAUUGCUAUGAAGAUGCGGAAUGAACAGCAGCAAGAGGUUUCCUUGCUGAUGUGUGAGGAGGACCCCAAGGGGCCACCAGAGAGGCGUUUCCCCUGUCAGAACCCCGAGCCCAGCCCCUACUACAUGUCCAAGUGUUGCGUGGAGCAAGAUUACUGCAAUCGGGAGCUGAUCAAAGACAUGCAGCUACUGCCCUUACCUACCUCCCAGCCCACAGAAUUGUGCAACUUGAAGCCAGAUUAUGGGGACUGUACCAUGGAAGCUUUCGUGUGGUACUACAAUAUCAGCCUUAAUGACUGCCGGCAAUUUGUGUAUAGUGGUUGCGGUGGGAAUGACAACAAAUUCUACAGCAAGGGUUCCUGUCUUCGCCGCUGCGAAUACUUUAACAGCAAGCCGGACAGCAGCCCAAUAUCCAUGGUCAACCUGUCGCUAGCCAUAGCCAUUCCAGUUACCAUCAUCUGCCUGGCGGCGUUCUUCCUGAUGGCGGUACGCUGGUACCUGCUGCAGAAGUCGGCCCGCCAGUCCAUCACGCGCCUGGAGGUGCCGCUGAUAUCUGGACAAGGCAGCCAGGUCAUCCCCAUGGGCUGGACACUGAAUGACCUCCACAACACGGCCACGUCCAGCUCGGGCUCAGGCUUGCCUUUGCUGGUGCAGCGUACCAUUGCCCGACAGAUCACACUGGUGGAUUGCAUUGGCAAGGGUCGCUACGGUGAGGUCUACAAAGGCCGCUGGAGGGGCGAGUACGUGGCGGUCAAAAUCUUCUCCUCUCGGGAGGAGCGAUCCUGGUUCCGCGAGGCAGAGAUCUAUCAAACGGUCAUGCUGCGCCAUGAGAACAUCCUCGGAUUCAUAGCUGCAGAUAACAAAGACAGCGGUAUGGUUACGCAGCUGUUGUUGAUUACCGACUACAUGGAGAACGGUUCCCUGUUCGACUACCUGAAUAUGACAACUCUUGACACGGCUGGGAUGAUCCGGCUGGCGUACUCGACAGCAAACGGUCUUGCACACCUUCAUGUGGAGAUUGUUGGAAUGCAAGGCAAGCCCGCUAUAGCCCACAGGGACCUCAAGAGCAAGAACAUCCUGGUCAAGCGCAACGGUCAGUGCGCCAUCGCCGACCUGGGCCUGGCUGUCCGGCACGACUCUGAGCGUGACACGGUGGACAUCGCCCCCAACAACCGCAUUGGCACCAAGCGCUACCUGCCGCCGGAGGUACUAGAUGACACCAUCAAUGUCAACCACUUUGAGGCCUUCAAGCGAGCUGAUGUGUACUCACUGGGCCUGGUAUUCUGGGAGAUUGCGCGGCGGUGCUCCAUAGGAGGUAUCUAUGAAGAGUACAGGUUACCUUACUACGAUAUGGUACCAUGUGACCCGUCCAUUGAAGACAUGCGGAAGGUGGUUGUCAAUGACCGGCAGCGGCCAACAGUUCCGAACAGAUGGAACAAUGUGGAGCCGCUGCGCGUCCUGGCCAAAGUCAUGAAGGAAUGCUGGUACCACAGCGCUGCCGCCCGCCUGACGGCACUCCGCAUCAAGAAGACCCUGGACAACCUACGGGUGGCUGAGGACGUCAAGUUAUAGAGCCAUGGUCCAAACCAGAUGGGAGAAUUCUGACGGCGAUGCACUUCUUCGGCCCUGUUUUGUUUUUGUUUUUUCCCUCUGGAAGAAGAUAAAGUGCGAUCAGACUAAACUGAAAAAGUCAACGCACAACGUGAUUGGUGCGUGCAGUUGCAAAUCUAAAAAGAGGGGGAAUAUUGCAGGAAAGACUAGAACUGUGGAUUUGCUGUCGCAGUGACAACAGGUGGAGCCAUUUUCCUUGUUGAUUUGCCGAGCAAUCUUUGCAUGGAAUCAAUUUGUGAUGGAAGCACAGGAAAUAUAUCCCAGUGCACAAGUGGGAUGAGUUUUAUCAUUCUCCAGAGAAUGAACGAGGGGGACUUGAAUCGGCCUGUCCAGUUUGACAUCGCAGCACUGGUAUCAACUACGACUUUUGUGGAGGGUUUGGGAAACUGGAUCUCCUCACAUAUUUACUCUUCACCCUUUCUGCAGUCACAAGGUUUUUUUUUCCUUCUUUAUUCAACAAAAGCUUUGAACACAUUGUGAUCUGGAUAUACAUGUAUGUAUGUAGUUUCCAAGUUGAUUUGAGGGAAAUAACAGUCCGUCUGCGUUGCUCGAGCCUUUAGCAUCCCUUCAACAACCCAGUAGAAAUCAAGCUUUGGAAAAUUGAGACUGAAUCCCCUAAUCGGUGAGGUUGGAGUAGAAGCUGUGCUAUAUGCUCUUCCUUUUUAACAAUUCAAGCAUCACCCAAGGAAAGUGUACCAUAUUGUAUAUAGAAUCUUGAGGAUUUUCUUAAGAAAAAUUCCUAAUUUCAUUUUAUCUCUGGCGUUAGUCUGUAUAAUGUUUAGCAAGUAGGGGCCAAUUUCUUGGAGAUGGAAGCAGUAAAAUACGUCAAGCACAGAUGGCAUUGCUUGGCAACAACACUAUCGAACAUACCAUAAACUGAUCGGCAUGUACGCUGCUCUUGAUUGAUUCUCAGCUGACUUGCCAGAGCUUCCGCCGUCACUGUUCCAUACAGUUGAACCUUAGAGGCAAAUGCUGACGGAGACUUGGGCAGUGUGUAUCUCAAGGCCAGUUCACACAGCCGGCGAAUGCCGAAGCGUAGCGAAUUCUACGUCAUAAAAUGUUUGCUGCAAAUUUGGCUUUGAGUUGAAUUGGUGCAGAUUCGCCACGUGAAUUUAGUCCAGUUUCAUCAUGAAAUCACCGUUAUAUUUGCUAUGAUGAACGGAUUCCGAGAUUUCCAAUUUCUGGAAUCCUUAGGUUCUUCUUUGUUUUUCCACAAAGCCAUCAUUGUAACAAAAUAAUUUGUCUGGUCCCUGCAACUUUGUCAUAGGGAGAGUCGACUUUAUUUGAUCUGUCGAUGCCGGAGUCCGUUUGUCUUUGUUUUCAUGCCAAUUGUGAACUGGCUGUCAGAUUGAUUUUUUUUUCUUUCCCCCCCCCUCUUAAAAUGUUCUGACUGCCUAGCUUUGACUUCAGAGAGAAAACUAAAAUGAACAGUUGGUCCAGGCCUUGAAGUUGCUUGGACAAUUGUCUAGGCAGCCUGACAGGGUUGCGUCUCGAUAGAUGCCAUGAGGCAGACAUAUACCCCUGCCAUGGAUCCUCUGCUGCAUGGGUUCUCUGGACAGAACCUUGUCAGGUGGUGCCAACCAGCAUUUGUACGUACAGUAUCAAGCAGCAUAUUUACAAUAUACGUAUUCAUCUGCAUUCGUAUAGAUCUGCAUGUGUUUAGACUUGGCCACAUUCACUAGUUAACUAUCUCAUUUUGAACUCUUUUAUAUGUACAUAAAAAGAAGAGGAAAGUUUGCAUAUUACAUUAAUGUCAAAUUUUGUACGACAUUCUCGUGACUUUUUUGGGUCAAGUUCACACUUGCAGAUCCAGUGGUUACUGCGGGUACACACAGGCAUGAAAUGGAGCAUUGUCGUUAAUUGUAGUUUGAUUUGUUUUGUGUAUGAGUAUGUUUCCCCAUGAGUACCUCAUUGCUUUGUUGUAAGUCAUACAUGUGUACAUGUACCUCAAAUGUCAGGGCAUGAUAAAACUUUGGAUAUUUUCCUGCUAUGGGAGACUUUGAAAUAGUUGGUGGUGGCGAACCCACUGGUCCUGUUCACCUUUCUGAGCAUUGAUCGUGUUCUGGGCAUGUGUGUACAGUUCUGAGCACGUGCAGUACUGUGAAAAACGACCACUUUGUCUGCUGCCACCAGCUUCUCAAAGUCUCUUGCUUGACUGUAGUGCAUCGUUUCCAAGGUGAGUCACCCACCAUAGAUUUCAGUUCAAACAAUUAUGCGUAACUGGAGGCCUUCCAACAAAUGAGGGCAAUAUGUUCUUUUCUCCUACAGUCCUUGAAGAUGCACCAUCUAUAGUACCUGGUUGAGUUUGAAUGCGGGUUUGUUUGAUACCCCAGGCUUUUUAAUUAACCUGAAGUAACGGUGGACAUAGUAAUGCCUGUUGUGGGCGUGGCCUAACUUGAUGGGCGUCACCAAAAAAGAGUCGGGACUUGCAAGGCUCUUGAAUCGACCUAAGCCACAGGCGGCCAUCUUACUGUGCCAAAUACAAAGGUGAUUGGUGGCUCAUGGGCUUUGUAACUGUUGUUGCUACAAAUAGUUUGGUUUUAUGAUGACAAACCAAGCUUUGUCUCAGCAUUUUAUUGGCAAGGUAAGAUUGUCCUGUGUGUUUUCACUGACCUAUUUGUGCCUAUUAAGGGCACUGUGAGUCCAGACUUGUUUAUGACAUCCACGCCUAACAAUAGCAUUAGAUAUUGUGAAUUGAGGAGGUUCAUCCGAAGCAUAUUCAGGGAUGUACAUGUUAGUCUUGCAAUAGCUCUAUUCCAAGCUCCUCCGUUAAAAGUUUUAAAACAGGUUGGCCCACAUACGUGUAAACUCUUCUUGUCUGUAACACAAAACACAGAAAAAAGACAGGCAGCCACAUUAGCAGUGUUACCCCCAAUGUUUAAACAUUCUUAUAAGAGAGUGAACCAACAGAGAACGUUACGUUCUCAUAAAAUUGCUGCAUGGGUUCCUCUUGACAGGCAAAAAAUUGACAGACCAAAUUUCACCUGUCAGUUUUGACAUCAAAAUGGACAUUUAUUUUCAUUUAAAAACUACUCCUCGGGGUUUAAUCCAAUUUCAGCCUCCAUGGUGAUAUGUACGAAGAAUAUGUUUUGUGUUCUCAAAAUGUGGCUAAAAUGUGAAACCAUCACGAAAACACUGAAUGGGACAGUAAUUUUCUGUUACCCUUCACUGUGCUCAUGUGUCAUGCCAGAAAUUCCAAGCAAAAACUUCAAGUUGAAGAGCCCACUUCAAUCCUGGUACUGUAAAUUGGUCUAGAAGUCUUCAAUGAGGUGAAAAUCACUCUGUACAAAAAGACACGCCCUGCAAAAAAACUAUAGGUAUUCAAGCAUUGGUGAGAUACUUCACUUAGGAUUCAAUGGUGGGCUGGAGACAUCCAAACCCCCCUUCCUCUUUCACACUGGACAGAUAGGAGUUAAAACCACUUGUAGUCGUACCUACAGAUGUCAUUGGCUUUCCAUGUUUCAAUUCUGUUGGACUUCUCAAAAUUAACAAAUCAACACAAAGUCCAAGACCUUCUGGUUGCUAUACAAAUGUUCGCACAUCCCAUGGAAUUAGGGUUAAUAUCCAGGGCUUAAAAAUUACACUGCCAAUCACUUUGUUUUCUGCCAUCAGUCUCCGUCCAUUUCUUCAAGGCUGUGUCCAGUUUCCUGGAGUUGCUCAGCGGAAGGCAUUGCUUGGCAGAUUUUCCUGUUAAGCAAAAAUAAGCGGAUAACCAAUUUGAGCUAAACACAGUGGGUGUGGCAUUUUAGCCAGAAACCUGUUCAUGCUAAGCCUAUAUUUUUAACAACUUAACAAUUUUCCCUGGUUAGUAAAUGUCAUUGACAUGGAAAAACUUCAAGAGCAAAACAUUGUAAAAAGAAAUACCAACACAAGAAUAGAAAUCUCCCCAUGUAUGCAAGACAUAGCAUGUAUACUACGCUUCAGAAUAGUGUUUCUAAUAUUAUGGCGACUCCAUAGCCUGCCGUUAAAGGCAAAUUCAACAAUCUCUACUUACUAAAGACCUCAUGUUCUGCAGUGCUGCAUAGUUAUUUGUUUCCUCUGCUUCCUGACCAGACUCGCUAGAGUCUUCUAUUGACAGCGUCAAUAAUGAUGGGCACCACCUUGUCUGUGUGUGUGCUUUGCUAUGGUGCUGAGUGGACCUUGUGGUCCCCACUGACUCCAUUGGAGUGAUCAAAAUGCAGCAUGGAGGGAACUACAUUUUCAAAGCCUGAUUUAUACCUGGGUUUUUUUUGGGGGGGGGGUUGAAAAUCGUUUGACUUGUUCAAAACUAAAGUUCCUGGAUUCUGGACGGUUAACCCCAAAAUACAUAUGCAAUGGUCCAAUUUCCAUCAAAGUGCAUGUACAAUUUGUACCCUAAUGUACAAUGUAUGUGAAGAUCCAUUCAAAGUUAAUGUCAGAUAUGACCACUGAGAAAGUGUGUCAGGGAACCAGUGGAUGUCAUGGUACCUGAUGCACAUUCAGAGAGAGGCUUUGCUUGUUCUUGCUUUUCGAAUCAACAUUAAAUGUGAACAUUAUUAAGGAGUGCCUCAUGUCCAUGAAUGCCGGUAUGAAGACUGUACAUGGAUAGCGUACUGCCUCAAAGUCAAAUCUCUGUGCACAUUUGAAUGGAUUUGGGAAUGCAAGACAGAUGCCACUAGGCUAUAUCAAAAAUUCCAGGCUGCGGGUACAAAUAACACAGUGCCAAUGGGAGCCACUGCCUUGCGGCUACACCCUCUUCCCAUUGACUUGCUAUUGUCUGCCGCAGCUAGUUGGUUCGGACACAACUUUCGUUUACAUUGGGGGCUGGAAAAUGUGCAGUACGGCAAUUGUGCUGGACAGAUCGUUGCCAGUUUGGGGAGAUAGCAAGCAUUUCACUGAGAUGGGAGAGAUUGGCCAAAGCGGAAGUGUUGACUUUCCUGCUCUUAGUGUAAAUGUUUCUCAACCAGUGAUUGCAAAUUUGUGCUGAUGGGGGGGGCAAGAUAACAAAAAGCCUCAAAUUGCCUGGCUUUGGAAAUUUGAAAAACAAAGAAAGUUGGUAAGUUUAGAAUAACCUCAAAAUAUAGAUUUGUUUGUUUUCAAAAUCUUUCCACCAGUAAGUGAAGGGGGUUCCUAACAGCCCAUCCCCUCAGUCAAAAAGUGUGGAAGGGAUGCCAGCGUUGCACACCCAUGGGGUUCGCAUUUUGAGAAAUCUAUUGUAAAUUCAGGUGUUCCUUUUCAAAAAAAUGAAAUCAAGGGAUGUUUGUCUGAUACCUCAAUAUCUAAUAUACCUCAGCUGAUUCAUGCUCAGAAAAAUCCAACAAUUUGUACAAAUGUGUACAUUUUUAAAACUUUUAUUCUAGAUAUGUGGAAUAUGUUUUUAUUCCAUUAAAAAAUAGGAAAAGGCCAAAUAAUGUUGUUGAGCUCUUUAAGUUUGGGGGAUGAAAGAGUAAAUUGAUGUUUUGUUGGGAGAUGCUAAGUAUGUAACAAAAUCACCUGCUAGUCAUGAUCAUUGUAAAAACAACAGUAACCUUGAAGAUGUUGGAUAAUCAGUGAUAAAUGUCUAUGAUAGGGUCAACAGCUUCAUUGUCAUUUAGACAUUUCUGUGUCUUCUGAAUAUGUGUAACAUUGAAAUUGGCGUAAUGAUUGUAUUGCGGUUAUGAGUGCAGUUUUGUAAAAUGAAAACCUUGCUGCUCAGUUUGCGAGAAGUUUCAAGAUUUUUUUGUAGAGUAAUGUAUAAUAUGAAUUUUGCUUGACGUUGCUGCAGUUAAUUGACGUUAUUGUUAAUCCUUUUGUUACUCCUUGUUUUUAGUGAUUGUGGUAUAUCAAAAUCAGGCACUUUUGGACAAAGGUCAGAAGUAAAAUGUAAACUAUACUGUUUCAAAUGCUGCUUUUUUGAUAUUCCAAAAUUUGGAAGUCGUACUGAAAUUUCAGUUUGAAUCUUUUGCAGAUCAUUUUAAACAUUGGUAGUAUCAAAAAUGUGCAAAAAUCUUAGAACAUGAAAUUAAUCUGUGUCAUUUCCGACUUUCUCCACAUUUAGCUUUGCCCAAAUUUGCCUGGUUGUGACAAAAUCAUGUCUUGUCUUCAGAAAUCGUGUGGUGAAGCCAGAUUUUGCAUGGAAAAAGUAGACAGUGCUAAUCCACACACUGUACAUGUCACUUAAAAUAUGAUGGACUGUAUUGUCCGUCAGUAACAGGAGAUUGACGUCACAGUCAUCUUGGCCUUAACCAAAACAAACCCUUUGGUGACAAAAGGAAUUAGAUUAGCCAGUGAUGUCUGUCACGUACUAGAUUAGGCUCUUAAUUUCUCAUUCACUGGAACCUGUUCAAAGGCCGGAUGGGACGUGAGCUAUUUUGUAAUUUCUCCCCAAAAAGGAAUGGUCCAAGGCUGGCUUGGAGGAAAAUUUAUAGUGAGGUUCCACAUUCAGGAGAACCUAGAUCUGUUAACAGUACGUCCCUUUGAGAAGAAAAAGACUCCCCCCCACCUGCCCAUUAAAAAAAUAAAUAAAACUUGAAAAUGUCUGAAUUCUGUAGAUUGCUUACUUCAUGGGGAUUUUAAAGAGCUUUAGUCUCCAGCCCAUGGUCCCAGCUUCUCCUCAAACUUGCUUGCCUCAGCCCAGAUUUGCCAUAGUGUUUGGCACCUGUUACAUCAAGUUGUUGUUACAGGGUGCCAUUGUUUUUCCCCAUGCCAGUCUUUGACAAGAUACAGGCAUGACAUUAAGUUUUGGGCAUUUCUUCCUCGUUUAAUUUAAAACCCUCAGACAGUUAAGUCAGAAAGAUCAGAAUAAACAAGCCUAAAAUAUAUAGUCACAGGUGGUUGAUAUCAAAGAUUAGGCCAUUACCCUGAAGUAGUUUGCAGGAGUUACAUGUAGCCUCGUCAGAAGGACUGUAUUGAGCAAAAUUAAACUUGCCAUUGUUUAUGUACCGGUACUUCGCUGCAUAUUGCUUGCGCUACUGUCUUAGUAUUGUGGUCUAGUUCAUCACAAGUCCUCAAGUCACAAGCAUUUCACGGAAAAGCAUUCCUUUUGUCGGUGUGCAUCCCCAAUCACAAAAUGAGGGGAUGGGCGUUUGGGACUUGGUCUGCUGGGACGAUAUAAAAUCAGAUAUUGCAAUAUGAGACUUGUGAAGAAAUUGCCAGGCAGGCACAAAAUGACCUGUGACUGACAAGGGAUUGACUGUAGUCACAGACUUAAUUACAAUUUUGCUAUAUGAAUUUGUUUAUCAGCAAGACAAAUGUAAAGGACUUUUCGUAGUCGAUGGAGUUGGCCAUUGGUUUGUGGACUUGUGACUUCUGUGGUUCUAUUUAAAGUGGAUAUUUUAGCUAUUGAAUUUACUGGAAGUCAAGCAUGGGAUGUAUUAUGACUGUAAAUAGCAUCUCUUGUAAACAUAACCAAUUGUUUCAUUUGUUCAAUAAAUAAUUGUGUACAUAA